AUGGAUGCAUAUAAGGCAGCCGAGAUGAUUCCCAUCCGCCGAUAUGAGAUAUCAACCACAUCCGUUGGUAGUUCCAGAAGAGGACUCAAGAGAGGUUGUUUCAGCUCGGAACCUGCCAGUAGCCCGGUUGAUAAGCCAGCUGUGAAGAAGCGACGUCCACAGAAGCAGUGCUACCCCGGGGGUGAUAUUGAAGCCUGGCAGGAGUCCUCGGAUGUUUCUCAGCCCGAAGAAGCCCUCCGCGGAACUAGAGUGGAAGCGACGGCCAUAGCUGAAUACCACCAGCCCGCACAGCAACUGCAAUCCUGCAUUUCUCUUACGCCAGAUAGAGGCCUGUCAACCACACAAGAUAUACCUGGAUCUGUCAUUACUCCCGUCUACAGCGACCGACUCUCAUGUGAAGCCACCUACCUCGAGCAGUGGUCACAUGAGCCAGCGAUCUUCUUGCAGCCUUCACCUACCGCUACGGAUCUCAGCCUAUCAACUUAUGAUCCUACGCCAUCUGUUACUUUCUCAAGUACUGCCUACGAGAAAUGGGCCGGAAUCUGUUCUGACACUUUGUUAUCACCGGAAACGUGGGUGAACAGUAACCCCGAGCCCCUGCUGGAGACACAAGCUUUCACGUGCCCGCCGAAACAGUUAGAAGGCGGGGACGACUUGUACAACUACUUGCUCAACCAAACGUACCAAGAACCAACAUCCUAUCUUGCCGGACUCUUCAACCCAGACUUUUGCUACUAUCCCUGGACUGCAUCGAACGAGCUCGCCAUGGGCGGUGGAGAGCAUUUCCCAACGUCCCACCAGGCUCAGACUGCCUUUGCUGGCCCUGCACUUCUAUCCAGACCGGAAGGAGAAUGCGAGCAGCUUCCACCAGAAGGUCAUCAUGAGUCCUGGCCCCCUCAGCAGCUGGGGCUUACUCUCAUGCCGAACUGCUCAGACCGGACUGAUACCGAAAUACCGGCGCAGCCCUUCCUGCAACAAGCCUUGAACAGCUGCACCUCACCCAUCCGGCCUCGCGGGAAGGGCGAACUAUGCCUCGAUGAAGCCCCCUAUGAGGGCCAGAUGAGCCAUAGAGACCUUUUGGUGUUGCCCAGCUCACAGCAAAGUUCACAAGACCCACAACACACGGUUGCCGGUGCGGGUGAAGAAGAAAUUCUCACGGUCUCCGAGGACAGCCAGGAGGACACCGGGGCGGAAUGCACCUGCGAGACUUCCAACCCUAACCCUCCCUGUUCGUCCUGUAUCAACAGCCCUCGAUCGUGGGUCAUGGUCACAUACAAGCUGAAGCCUCCUGGGCAGCGCGAGAAGAAGCCACCGAGACCCAGGAAACGUCUGGAGGAGGACGCCCGCCGACAAACAAGUCAAACACGCGAUAUAGGGGCUUGUAUCAGGUGCAAAAUCCAACGCGUUCGGUGUAUCCCCAAUAAGGAGGACCCGGCUGGGCCUUGUGAAGCUUGCUCAAGAGUCGCCUUGAACUACUCAAAGAAGGUCCUCCACCACAUCGGCUGCCAUCGAUACAAACUCCAGGAGGUCGUCCUCUUCCGCACCUCGGGAUCGAGGGUUACCGAUCGGUGGCACAGUGCACAGGUCCGGAAUGUAAUGACGUACGGCAAGACCCUCUCUGUGCAGAUGAUGCAGGACUUUGUGGAUAUCCCCUUCGAGUACGAAGUACGGAAGGUGGCAAAGACCGGCCGAGGCAGCCACCACGACAAGACUAUGCGCGAGUGGUACGACGGGACAGACGUUCGACGAGAGCCUGUUCCAGACUACGCCCUGGCUGACGUCCACCAAACCAUGGCUCGAUAUAAGGACUACAUCCGCAUCAGCGUCCUCGGAGACACUGAAAGGGGCUGUCAGCCAGUCAUUACGAAGCUCGUCGAAGAUUAUCAGAAGACAGGCCAAGGCAUUGUCGGAGAGGUCUUCAAGCAGGCUUGGGCCUAUUUCUGCGGCCUUCCGAGCGCGAAUGAAACACUGGACUUCUUCUAUCAGCCUCCGGCGAAGAAGACCGAGGAACCAAGGCCAGUAUCUGAGAAGGGAUUUCUCUUGGGCUUCUUCGAGUUACGCUUUGCAUUGAGGCAUGCCACUGGCUGGUCUUGGAUACUGGAAGGAGCUAUCCCAGGCGCAGAACCGAUCAAAGACUUCCUGCCGCUCCGGAACCGUAUUGGCACGCCGAGACUGGCGGUAGGGCAGAUAGACUGCAUUCGAAUUGCUUGCGUCCUGAAGCCUCUUACCAAGUCGCUUCUCAAGGUACUCAUGGCUUGGAUUGCUGACCGACAAUAUGACCGCUGGAUGAGCAUCUUCUUUGCCACCUUCAUUUUGCUCAGCGAAUUGUCCAAAGCAACAGAGGAUGCAUAUCGCCACGGAUGGUAUGACAAGGACCUCAAGCGCAAUGGACCGAAGAAUGCCCACAUCAUCAGAGACAUCCAUGAGAGCGCUAACAUCAUUCUGGCGCAUUGGCACUACUUCAACUGCAGCACUGACCCUGGGAAAUUCAAGUCUGAGAAGCAAAGAAAUACUAGGCACAAGACGCCUCUACGGGCACUGACACCAGAGCAACUCGCCAUGGUUCAGGAGCUUUGGAAUGGGAUUCAGCAGUGGAGGGAUAGGUCACAUGACGACGAGCUGUACGACAAUAAGAAAACCGAAGGAUGGUGGACAAAAUGGUGCCACAGCAUGUCAGUACUACAGGUCUUUACAGUUCCCCUUCUCCCGUUCUUUGAAUUCUUCCAGAAUGCAUUGCUCUGGGCUUCGUAG